AUGUUAUUCAUCUGCGUCAUUACCUUUCUCCUUCUCAUCAUACAAGUUCAUACAACAUCACAAAACAUCAAUCCAUCACCUUACUUUGCUCCAUCUAUACCUAUUCACAACGACACAUCUCACGAUGACGAAGGCAAAGAUCAUGACUCCGAACCACUCAAGAACAAUGGUCGAGGUUCACACGAAGCAUCUGCACAAAACUAUGCUGCCGAAAACAACGCAACCCAUGGCGUACCCAUCGACGACUUUCAGCAGAUGAUCCUCACUGAUCACAACAAAUGUCGUCAACAAGCUUGUGCCAAGGAUCUACAAGAAGACGAUGAACUGCACAGAGAAGCAAUGAAACGCGCACAUAGUCUGGCGAAUGGUCACAUGCUGCCACUACCCGAUGACUACAACGAGAAUGUGUUUGAGUUAGACACGGGUGAUCCAUCGAAGGUCACAAGUGAGAUGAUUGUGAAAGGAUGGUGCAACGAAGGGAAACAGUAUGAUGCUCGAAAAGAAGAGUCCUCGUUACGAUAUUCGCAGUUGGUGUGGAAGAGUUCGACGAAGCUAGGUGUUGGUCAUGCAUAUGAUAGUCACAAGUUGUAUGUGAUAGUAUUGUACAAGCCAUCUGGCAAUCUUCGUGGUGAGUUCGGUGCUAAUUUUCGUCGACAGAAAAAAGUCAAAAGGAUGGCUUUAUCACCGGACAGUAUGAGUCAAAAGAUAGCUUUAAUCUCGGUUGCUUCUGGUGCGAUCGCAUUAUUACUUGUUUGUGUUGGUAUUGGAACACCGAAUUGGUACUUAGAAUAUACUACAAUCAGCGGUUCUAACUAUUAUAAGAGCGAAUCAGCUAAUUUCUUCUACUCAUGCAGUUUUGCGAGUGAUGGUUCAUUCAAGCAAUGUGUCAAUCGUGAGGAUGGACUUACCUACUAUCCAUAUGAUGCCUCGGCAGCAUGGAUGAAUGAUUUUUCCGAUCGAAUGCGAAACGCAGCUGGUCUCUGCAUCGUUGGUAUACUUUUUCUAGCCAUUGGUAUCGUACUGACAUUAGUUAUGGCAUUUAUUUACCUACCAAAGUGGCUGAAUCUUUUACCGCCAGCAUUACUCUUUCUUGCCUGUCUGUUCAUGCUUGCUGGCAUGGCUGAAGGCGCACGAUUUCUUUCCUAUAAUGGUUAUUCAGCUAAUUUAUUUCAAACAGGUCAUCUAUUGACAAUGUUCGCUCUAUUUUUGAGCGCUUUUGCAGCUGGUCGCAUUCAUUUCUCACGUACAACUGGUGCCAGAAUCAACACUGUUCAAAAAUAA